AGAGGAGGAAGGGCCGUAGCAGCGGCGGACUGUGCAAGUUGCGCUCUGCCCUUCUUCUCCCCGGUCCGUCUCCCACCCGCGGAGCAGCAUGCGGACUGGCCUCCGCGCUUUCUCAGAUGUGCUCUGGCUGCCGCCGCCUUCAGUGCAUCCUGCUGCUGGCAGCGCUCACCCGGGCGCUGGAUGAGACGGGAGCAGGGACAUCGCUGCUGCGGUUCCGCCCGCUCCUUCAUGCGGGCUUCUGCUCCGGCGGAGGUCGCACCGCCGCCGCGGAGGAGCCGGGCUGCCCUCCCACCCCGCGCCCGCCCGCCCGGGGGGCCCGCAUGGCGUGCUACCUGGUCAUCAGCUCCCGGCACCUCAGCAACGGGCACUACCGCGGCAUCAAAGGCGUCUUCAGGGGACCGCUCUGCAAGAAGGGCGCUCGCUCGCCGGACUACGCUGAGAAGGAGAAAGCUGCAGCUAAGGCCCUGGAGGAUGUGAAAGCUAACUUCUACUGUGAACUGUGUGACAAGCAGUACCACAAACACCAGGAAUUUGACAACCACAUCAAUUCUUAUGACCACGCUCACAAGCAGAGAUUGAAAGACUUAAAACAAAGGGAAUUUGCUCGAAAUGUGGCUUCAAAGUCAUGGAAAGAUGAGAAGAAACAGGAAAAAGCACUCAAGCGACUCCACCAGCUUGCAGAGUUACGGAAGCAGUCAGAAUGCAUCACUGCGAGUGGACCAUUGCUUAAAGCCCCCCGAUUAGUCCUGGAAAAGCAGCAAUCACCAGGUGGUAUUUUCCUGUACAAGGGCAGCAAGUUCACAGCAAAUUCUCAAAGAACCAUCACAAGUGAAGGACAAGGCUUCUCCAGAAGCAUACUGGAGAAACAGCAACUUAUUAUAAGCAGGCACCACCCCCCAGCUGAAAGACACCAUGCACUUGGAAAUCACAUCUCACAAAUGUUCCCAUACAGCAACAAUACCUCUCAAAGGGCAGGAGUGUCUUUUUCAUUCUCUAAAAAGGUCCCUUUGAAGCUUGAGUCAUCAGCAUCUGUCUUCAGUGAAAACUGUGAAGAAGGAAAUGAUUAUAGUGAGUCCCCCAACCACAAAAAAAAGCAAACUAUUGAGGGCUGUCAUUCUGUCACACUUUUGGAGGAACAACAGAAAGCAAGUUUGGAUAAAGAGCUACCUAUUACACAAGACCAAAUGGAUUUGGAUAACAGUGCAUCAAGUCAUGUAGCUACAAAACCUAAAAUGCUAAAGGAAAAUGAUAAAAGUAAUGAUAAAGAAUCAGAAGAAAAACUCAGAGAUAAUCCUUCAUUUUCUAAAGUCAAAAUACCACUUACAAAUUUUUCUGCUUCCCUGAGACAAACAGAGAAAGAGAGCAAACUGAAUGAAUCUGAGCAAUUCUUAGAAACUCCCAUCUCAUCUUCAUGCCAAGCUAGCAAUUUUUGUACGCAGCUGAACACCUACAAGCCCAGUAAUGCCCACCUGCCUGCCCAGUUAUCUGAGCUCCCACGACAGCCAGCACCUGAGCUGACCUGUUCAAGCAACAGUAAUGAGAGUCCUGGAGUGAUAAAAAGAGAAAGAUCUUUGGAGAUUACCGAAACCACAGAUGGAAAUAUGGAAACACUUGAAAAGGAGACCAUGGUUAAAGAAGUUAAGCCCCAGGCAUUGCCUUUCCUCCAUGUAGUGAGCAAAGAUGGCACCACUGCUCUGCAGUGGCCCACAGAAUUACUUUUGUUUACAAAAACUGAGCCCUGUAUUUCAUAUGGCUGUAAUCCAUUAUAUUUUGACUUCAGACUCUCUUUAAAUCACAGGGAGGGUAAACAGAAUGAAAUAAACAAAGCAAGCUGUAAAGAGCUCUCUAAAAAUAAGACUGCAGAUGAAUAUGAACCCUCAGGUUUAAUAAAACACAAGCAAAUGUCAAAUGAACAAGAUAAUCAGCUGUUGAAACCAAAGAAGAUGAAAGGUUCCCUAAAUCCAAGAAAGGCCAAGCAAAAAGCUGAGUCAGACAUAGGGAAAGAAAUGAAUAAAAAUGGUCAGAAAUGCAUUGCAGACAAUUUGAAUGAAAAUAUACCCAAAGUGCCUGCUUACCUUGACGUCUCACAAAAGGAUUAUGUGACAGAAAAAAGUCUUUAUACAAAAUCACUGAGGAGACCUUUAAAGCAUCAUUUCCAUGACUGUGAAAGAAAAACUCAGAACAUUAGAAACGAAAGCAUUUCCUUUUCUGCUUUUAUGUCUAGGAUUAAAAACUCUAACUCUGAAAAAUGUCAUUUAAUUUAUUCUGAAGAAAAAUAUGAGAGCAAAAAUUAUUCCAGAUCCCUUCAAGACGUGGUCAGCUGCAGCAGUGACAUAAGUGACAGUGGAAAAGAUUCUAGUGGAAGUUUCUUUAGCUGUAAAUCCAGUUCAAACAACAGUGAUUCAAGAAGCAGUGAAAGAUCAUCUAGCAGCAGAAUAUCAAGAUGCAGCAGUUCAGGAUCCGUCUCAAAAGAGACUGACAACUGUGACAACAAAACAAAAGAGGAUGCUGAGAGAGGUUCUAAUGCUGAACCAGGAAAAGCUGAAACUGCAAAUUCCAACUCUCUCAAUGGGAACAGUCAGUCUAAAAACUUUGCCGCCUGCUCUUCCAAAAACCUGGCAAAAGACAUAUGUGGAAAAAGAAAGUCAGUGACAGCCAAGUUACUUUUAGAAAGAGUGCAGUCUAAGAAAACCCAGGAACAAAUGCAUGAUCCAGAGAGAUUUUCAAUCAGUACUGGGAUAGAAUUAAAGGAUCACUCACAAAGUCACUUUGCUCUUCAGUUUUCAUCAUCAGUAGAUGACACUGCAAUGUUACCUUUGCCAGAGAAAGUGCUAAGCAAAGGUAAAAAUGAUAUGAGACAUAAUGAAAUCAGUUUGUUGAAAAACAGUGUGAAGAAAAACAACACUGAAGCAUCAGAGAUAACAAACGUUACUCUUUCACCUGGAACUGAUUAUGAUCAUUGUGUUCUUAAAGACAUAAUUCAAAUUGAAACAGGCUAUCAGAAUCCAAGCAUAAAAAGGAACACAGCAAUAAAGGAACAAACCAAUCUCUUCAUUAGUGAAGUGCAGCCCUUUAUACAAAGCUGUGAUCCAGUACCAAAUGAUUUCCCUGGUGCUUUUCCCUCUAAUAGAUAUUCUGUUGCUAAUUCAACAGAGACCAAAGAAGAACUACAUGAUGUAAACAUGGACUUGAACCGGGCAGAAGGCAGUUCAGACUCUUUUUGUGACAGUGCUAUGCAGAGGUAUGGUGAUACACUAAAUGACCUAGAAGUGUACAGUAAAUCCACCUCCCCUCCUUUAACACAGCAGCCUAUCACAUUUACACCAGAAGAAGUAGACAAAUACAGGUUGCUGCAGCUGCAAGCCCAGCAGCACAUCCAGAAACAACUUCUGGCAAAACAUCUGAAAGUUUUGCCUGCCCCAGGACCAGCUGCCUUCUCUGCAACACCAGCAGUUCCUGCCCUCCCUGUUCAGCAGCAGGCUACUGUCACCACCAUCCACCACACACUGCUGCAACGCUUUGCUGUCUCAGCAUCUGUGCACCCCCACGGCAGCCAUCUCUCCCUGGCACCCCUCCACCCCCUCUCUCAGGCACAUUUUGCCCCCAUAUCACUUUCCCCAUUAGCGCCAGCCCUUAUUCCCACCCACCCUGCUUUCCUGACAGGACACCCACUGCACUUGGUUUCUGCCACUCCCCUCCACCCUUCCCCACUGACCUUCCCUGCACUGCCACACGCUGCAUAUAUCCCAGCCUUAUUUACACCACACCUGAACACAGUCACACCUUCUGCUAUACACCCAAAUCACUUAGUGCAUCCCUUAUUCCAAGGACAAGAGCCUCAUCACUAUUCUUGUUCUAUCCAGACCCAACAGCUACCUACAGCAAAAGAAGUUUUCAGUGUUUCUAGCUACUUAAACUAG